CUGCUGCCUCAGCUGAUCAUCACAACACGGACAAGAUUUGAGGGAGUUAACGCUGUAUUAACGUCUGAUGUUGAAUCACACGUUUAAAAAUUGUACCAGUUUAAAAGACCAUCAGCUUCUCGGCAUAUUAAAGAUGCCGUGGACUCGUUUGCUCGCCCUCCUCUGUUUGGCCAGUGGAAUCACAUUUUCUCCAUCAGUUGCUGGGAAGAUAAAAAAAAAAGGGUUAAAAGGUCGACGAUGUGUUUCAUCGUCAACGAAACGAGGUUGUGUGAAGAGUGACAGCUGCCCUGAUGGUUGGCUUCAGUUCAGCAAUAAGUGCUUCAUCUACUACAGCGACCACAGAGAGUGGGGCGAAGCCGAGAGCUUCUGCAUGGACAUCGGUGGAAAUCUGGCCAAAGUUGAAGACAUUGCAGAAGUAACUUUCCUCAACUCUCACCUUAAAGAGGUCACAAAAGAAGUGAAGAGAGUUUGGAUCGGAGGCCACGACAAGUUCCUUAAGGGACAGUGGAUGUGGACGGAUGGUUCUGCAGGUCCUGCGAUGGGGUGGAAGCUGUGGAGUCCAGGUCAGCCCAGCGACAGCAGCGGAGCAGAACACUGCAUGGAGAUGAACUACUUAGGGGGCAUGAACGAUGACAAGUGCCAUGAAAAGAAACCCUUCAUUUGCUCCCGGCCUACAAGACCUUUAUAACUUCCUCAGAGAAGUCACGUCCUCUGGUGUCAACGUCUCCAGGAUCUUUUCAACAAUUGUGAAGACUAUUUGGCAGCCAGCUUCUGUGUGGGUGUAUGGAAUGGUGCAUUAUUUGGCAGUUUCUGUGUGGGUGUCUGAAAUGGCUCAUUAUUUGGCAGUCUGUCUGAUCAGUAUGUGAAUAUUAUAUCUAUAUUGUGACAUGAUUAAGUUUAACUACUAGUAAUUACCAGUUUGUCAGAUUGUUUCAGCUUCUUAAAUGUGAAUAUUUCCUGGUUUAUUUUGCUCCACAGAACAAAGAAAUCAUUAAAACAAUCAUUUAUGCACCAAACAACACUUGAUUCAUCGAGAAAGCAAUCGACUUAAAAUAUUGUAAAGCACUUCAUGUGAAAUAAAUGAUAUUAUUUACUACUUCAAAAUC